AUGGACAUAUGCCUAUUUUCAAAAACUAUUUUCUAUGGUACUGAAUAUGUACCUCAUAGAGAAAUCACUCGUAAAAUUCUUUAAAUGAGAGGGAAUGAGACUUCCGAUGAUUUUGAUUUCAUAGAAUACAACUAAAUGAUACAGCAAUACUAAAAUAGAUCGUUCGUAGAAAAGUAGAUUGUGUAUAAAUACAGUCAAGAUUAUAAAAUCCCAUUAAUAAGUCAUAGAGUUUGGGCAACAGAUGUUAAAAAGCCUAGAGAAUUAGUAGAACUAAUUGGUAAUAGAGCAAAGAAUAGCUUGCAGGCAACCUAUAAGUAUUUAGAUAAUUCUGCAAGAAAGUAGGGCUAAAAGUGGACUCAUAUUCUCUGGGUUUAAGACAAAGAAUUAGUACCUAAUACAUUGAAGUUAUUUACAAAAUUUGGAGUCACAGUAAGAUCCGUAUAUGAAUUAGAGGCAAUGCAGGAUGAAAGAAUCAGAAAGUAAUUUGAAUUUUAUGUUCAGGACGGACCAAGAGCUCCAGCCGCAGCAUCUGACUUUAUAAGAGCAAUAGCAAUAUUUGAGUUAGGAGGAAUGUACUUUGACAAUGAUUAAACGAUCAAUCUAUGGGACUACAAUAUAAAUCACUAUUUUGAUUUCGUUUCUACUCGUCUUCUUACAUAAUAUAGUGUCAUAGGACUAGCCAAUGCUUUCUUUGCUGCUAAAUAAGGUCAUCCAAUUCUAGAGAAUUAUAUUAAGAUCAUGGUAGAUAUGUUUAAGUUUCUAGAUGAGGAAGACGAAAGGUCAUAUACUUAAAAUAGCUGUAAUUCAAGGACUGUGGGAUUAACUUUAUUUGGCACAGGCCCAACUGUCUUCACUGUCGUAGCAUAUAACCUGUUUAACUAAGACGGAAACCAAGAUGGUCUAAUAUACGAAGAUUGGGAAUCAAAUUAGCUUGCAAAUAUUGAUGUUAUCGAUGAAAAUGGCUAGGAAAAAUCUUUGACUAUAAAAGUUCGGAGUUUUGACAUGAUGAGUAAUUCUUGGACUAAAGGCUUUUAGGAUAAUUAAUUAUUUGGUCUUCCAGAACUUUACUCAUUUUGA